AUGAAACUUGUUGUUUGGAAUGUUCGUGGAGCUAGCAAAAAUGACUUCAUCCCUUAUGCUUGGGAUAUUAUUAGCAAUCAUAAGCCAUCCAUCUUCAUUAUUUUAGAAACGAAAAACAAUGAGGAUAGAGCAAAUAUGGUAGCUAAGUCUUUGGGCUUUGACAAAUUCAUUGUUGUUCCUGCUGAGGGUCGUAGGGGGGGAAUUUGGAUGUUCUAUAAUCCAAAUAUAGUUUCUCUUAUUACUCACACUGAAAAAACUCCAAGCUACUUUCAUGCACUCUUUAAACUAAAUCCCAAUCAGCCUGAAGUUUUGAUCACUGGAAUCUAUGCUCCGAGUACUAGUAGUAAGAGGCAUGAGCUUUGGAGGGAGCUCCGUAACUCUCUUCCUCCACCUUCUACUCCCUGGUUAGUCCUUGGUGAUCUUAAUGAGGUGACUAAUCAAACCGAGAAAUCUGGAGGAAGAGCCUUUUCUGGGAGUCAAUGUGCGGACCUUCAUCUUCUAGCUGAUGCAGCUUCCCUGGUGGAUUUAGGUUAUCAUGGCAACCCCUAUACUUGGACGAAUGCUCAUGAAGGUAUGGAUCUAAUUCGUGAACGUUUGGAUAGAGCACUGGCAAAUCCUCCAUGGCUAAACACUUUUCCAAACACUCAGGUACUACAUUUACCAAAAGCUUACUCUGAUCAUUGCCCUGUCCUUGUUUCUGUUUUUAAUGAUAAAUUGCCUGGCCCAUUCCCUUUUCGUUGUAAAGAAAUCUAG